AAGUGGAGGUUGAAUCAUAGUCGGUGAUCGCUUAUGUAAUUCACAACGAGAGAGACAGCUAAAAUACCAUCGCCAAGAAUAAACUCGCCGUCUCAGAAACAACUCGCACUCGCCCAUCUUUCUUUCAGUAGCUUCAUCUUCUGUUACACCAUAGCAAUCACAUCUUUCCCUUCAUUCACAAUCCAAUCUUCUCACUCCACCAACUAUAACCCUAACCCACAAAAAAACCCCAUCAUAAUUCAACCACAACAAAACUCCCCAGAUGCGCCAAGAACACCCAAGAUCAAAUCAUUUAUGCCCUUUUGAAUUCAAGAAAAAAGAUCGAAAUCAAAAUCGGACUGAAGCUUUAUCAGAACCCAGGUAGACAAAAUGUUUUUUGGUGCCGUCCAAUUGGGAAUAAUGGCUGCCUGUGUAGUCUUAUUUGUGCCAAUGGCUAUGGCGGGAUGGCAUCUUAGUCGUAAUAAAGUUCUCUUCUUCAGCGGUGCUCUUUUCAUCAGUCUCGCUGUAUGUAUUCACCUCAUUCCUUAUUUCCCUUCUGUUUUCCCCUCUUCUCCGACUGUUCUGUUACAACAAGAUCCCACUCCUUGCAUUUCUUUAAUAAACGAGGUUAAUUUCCACUCCAAUUUUGAUGGGUUUUCAUGGGAUUUCGAAAACAACUCUCGAUCUUUCGAUUGCGAUUUCCAGAAAUUGAGUCGGAUCGAUGUCUCGGACCUGCUAAACGGUUCAUGGGUCGUUGUCGCAGGCGAUUCACAGGCGCGAUUGUUUGUGGUGUCUUUGUUAGAUUUGGUUUUGAGUUUAGAUGAAAUGGAAUCGAUUCAGGCUGAUUUGUUUAAAAGACAUAGUAAUUAUCAUAUCGUGGUUGAAGAAAUUGGGAUGAAAUUGGACUUCAUUUGGGCACCUUACGCUACUAAUCUCACUCAUGUCAUUACAGAUUUCAAAAGAAACAAUACUUAUCCAGAUGUGUUAGUGAUGGGUUCAGGUUUAUGGCAUAUGUUACACUUCACAAACUAUUCCGAUUACGGAGUUUCAUUACGUUAUCUAAGGGAAUCACUGAUUCCGUUCCUUCCAGUGGGAUCUGAUUCUACUCGGGGAUUCCAUUUGUUUUGGCUAGGCAUGCCAACUUUGAUAAACAAAAUGCUGAAUACAGAAGAGAAAAGGGUAAAGAUGACAAGUGAGAUGUGCAAUUUAUAUGAUCAAGAACUUUAUAAAAGCAAGAUCUUGCGUAAAGAUGGUGGUGUGUUUUUGAUGCUAGAUGUUGAGAAUUUAAGCAAAAAAUGCGGGGUUGAUUGUUCGUCAGAUGGGAUGCAUUAUAACGGAGUUGUUUAUGAAGCUUGUGUUCAUGUUAUGCUCAAUGCAUUGCUUAUUGAGUCUCAUCAAAAGCUAUGAGAUUCAUGAUUCAUGAUUCAUGUUUUUUGUUCCACUUGAAACUAAAUAGGGUUUCAUUUUUUUUUUUUUUUGUAACACGAAAUCUAUGUCAUGAAAUUUUUAGAAAGGUAUAGAGUUUGAUUCUUUUUUUUGUUUUGGUAACAAUCGAUGGUAUAGGUUCAUACCAUUUGUAUUAUUCAGUAGAAAACAUCUCAGAUUUGCAAGUAUGGAGUUUUGUUUUUCAUUUGUAUAACAAAUUCCUUUUAGUUUAUUAUUGGA